AUGGUGAGGAAAGUGACCACAGAGAACCAGACGUGUGGUCGUGUCUCGGGUAAAUAUUCAAGUAGCGGACGGAGCAGUGAUGUCUUCGGUUCAGUAUUUCAGAGACUAACAGCUGCUGCUGGAGAGAUAUUCACAGUCUUUGAAAAAACCAUCGUCCAGUACGAAGAAGAGGUGGAUCGUCAGCGCAGACUGCUGGAGAGCGGUUCUCCACCUGACAUGGAAGCACACAGGAUCGAGCUCCCACAGCAGCAUGUCUGUAAGGAGGAGGAGGUUCUCACUGACCAGCAGCUCUGUCACCAGGAGAGGAACUUCAUACUGAACCAAGAGGAAAAAGAACCUCCACAGAUUAAAGAGGAACAGGAGGAAAUGUGCACCAGUCAGGAGGGAGAGCAGCUCGUACUGAAGCAGGAGACUGAAACCUGCAUGUUGACUCCUCAUGGUGAGGAAAGUGACCACAGAGAACCAGACGGUGAUCACCAGCUCCUCUCUCAAAACUCUCCUGCAGCUGGGAGCCAAGAUGAGAACAGAAGAAAACAUGUGGAUUCAGAAUCUACAGGAAAUGAAGAGCCAAACCCUCAGGAUAGUGUUUAUGAAAACUGGAGUCGCAGUAACAAUGGUUACAACUGUCCCAUAUCAGAGAUUAACUCUAAUACUCAACCAAAGUCUUUCAAAUGUGACACUUGUGGAAAAGCUUUUGUGUAUGAGAGUCACUUAAAAAUACAUCUGAGAAUCCACACAGGCGAGAAGCCAUUUUUAUGUAAAAUAUGUGGAAGAACAUUCAGUACCAUGUCCACAUUAAAAAGGCAUAUGACAACUCACACAGGUGAGAAGCCAUAUUCUUGCAAAAUAUGUCGCAAAAGUUUUGUACGCACUGGCGUCUUGAAAGUCCACAUGAGGAGUCACACAGGAGAGAAGCCGUAUAUAUGCCAAACAUGUCAAAAAUGCUUUGUAAGUAGUAGUGAUUUGAAAGUCCACAUGAGAACUCACACAGGAGAGAAGCCUUAUACUUGUAAAAUAUGUCGCAAAUGUUUUGUACGUAGUGGUAACUUGAAAGUCCACAUGAGAACCCAUACAGGUGAGAAGCCAUUUUCUUGUGAAAGCUGUGGAAAAAGCUUUAACCACAUUUCAGCAUUAAGGGAGCAUAGGAGAUUACACACAGGCGAAAAGCCGUAUUCUUGCAAAAUAUGUCAGAAAUGUUUUGUUCGUAUUUGUGAUUUGAAAAUUCACAUGAGAACUCACACAGGUGAGAAGCCAUAUUCUUGUAAAAUAUGUCGGAAAAGAUUUGUUAGUAGUAGUGAUCUGAAAGUCCACAUGAGGCGUCACACUGGUGAGAAGCCAUAUUCUUGCAACACCUGUGGGAAAACGUUUAUAGUGAAGUCAGGUUUAAAAGGUCAUAUGAGCCUGCACACAGGUGAAAAGUUGCAUUCUUGCCAAAUAUGUGAGAAAAGUUUUGUAAGUAGUAGUGGUUUGAAAGUCCACAUGAAAAUCCACACAGGUGAGAAGCCAUACUCCUGCAACACAUGUGGGAAAAGAUUCUGUCGUUCUUCAGACAUGAAAAGGCAUUUAAAAAUUCACACAGCUUAAAGAUCAUAGAGCUUUCAUGCUUAUUGAAUAAUUGAUGGUGCUCAAGACAUCGCACUGGUGAUAAUUCAUAUCACUGCAAUAUCUUGAGGAAAAGAUACAUUGGAGUGACACAUUUUGAAGUCAUCUGACCUGAUAUCAAAAAGCUCCAAGAUCGUCAACAGGUCAGAGCUGUUCCUGAUUUAAAUGUGGUCAUUGUUGCCUUCAACACAAUAACUUUGUUCAGACAGACCAUUACCAGUGUUUCUACUUAGUAGUCUGAAUCUGACUCAAAUUGAUGGUUUCUUUUUUUUCUGUUAAUAUUAAUUUGUUAUUAUACUAUACGUGUUUACAACAGUAAUUGUUUAUAGUUUGUAUGAAUAUCUCAAAUCUUGGGAAAAAAUUGAGUCGGAUCCAAUAAAAUAUAAAUGACAUUUUAAAUGCUUUCCUGUUUUAUGUCAGGUACGUGAACUGUUUGUGAAGUCUAUGAUGUUGAUGGGGAUUAAUUUAGGUUCUGACGGGUAAUCAUUCCAUGUACAGUAUUAUCUUUAUAGUUUGCUAUGAUCUGGUGUACCUUUUUUUUCAUUCAAGUUCACACAUUUUAAAAUUAAAACAUAAAACACAAGAUGUAGAUCUAGGUUAUAUGAGAUGGGCUUUAUGAAUAAACUUAAUUGCUUUUGUAACAAAAGUUUGACGGGAGAAUAUUGCUUUCAAUGCUGGUUCUACAGAUUGAUGUUCCCAAACGUAUGGACUGAAUCAUUAGAAGAAGACUGAGCAUCAUCAGUUUAAGUGGUAGUAAUGUAUCUGCAAUACAUUCUUCCAUCUCUGCUCAUAUGUUUUAAUGCUAACUGGAUCGCUUAAUAACUCAAAAGUCAAUGAAAUUUAGCAGCUGAGAAAAUAAAAUAUUUGGAAAUUG